AUGGGUAUUACAGGUGACAAUGGAUCUCAGGGUCCGACGGUCGUAGGUAUCUGUUUGGCCUUUGCAGUCUUGACUUUUAUUGUCUUGUCCCUGAGGCUCUUUGCACGCAUCUAUGUUCUGGGAAAGAUGGGAGUCGAUGACUACCUCAUCAUCGGAGCUUGUUGCUUAGCAUGGGCUUUUAUUGCUGCCACCAUCGUCGCCGUCGAAAAUGGACUCGGACAACAUUACAAGUAUACUGAUAAGAGCAAGCUUGUUGACUACUCAUUCGCCGUAUGGUUGAGCUCUAUGUUUUACCUCGCAUGUCUCGGCUUCGUCAAAACAUCUGUGCUCUGGUUCUAUACUCGUUUAGGAGACCGCUUUCUCACCCGAAUCUCAUACGUGAUGAUGAUAGUCAUCGUGUGUCAGGCUACCUCUUUUGUUCUUGUUGCGGCCUUCCAAUGCCACCCGAUCAGCAAGGCAUGGACCGGCACUGGAUCUGGAAAAUGUGUUGAAAUCAACAUCUUCUACCUCGCCAACGCCGGUCUGAACAUCUUGACCGAUCUCCUCACCUAUACCCUCCCUAUCAGGGUCAUCUUCAAACUACAGAUGCCCCAAAAGCAAAAGAUCGCCCUCAUUUUCAUUCUCUGUCUGGGUCUUUUCGCCUGUGUAUCCUCCAUCAUCCGAAUCACCUACAUUCCUACCAUGCUCACCUCAGCCGACUACACCUACGCCAUCAGCGGCGCAAUGUACUGGUCCGUCAUCGAGACCAACAUCGGCAUCUUCGCCGCCUCAAUUCCUUCCUUCAAAGCCAUCGCCUCACGCUUCCUACCCCGCUUCAUCGGCGAAUACAGCAGCGGUCGCAAGUACGGCCCCUGGGACGGCACUCCCGACGCACGCCGCUAUGGCUCCGGGUUCACAAAGGUGACCGAUCCGAACAAUAUCACUAUGGGCACGAUGAACGGCAGGGACGAUAUGACGAUGGGUACACAAAUUGGAGCUACCAUGGCAGAUAACUCGAGUGAGGAGCGGAUUAUCGUUCCCGAUGGAAAGAUUUUUACGCAAACGGAGAUUGAGACGACCGUUGAGUCGAAUCAUGACUAUCGUUCGUCGAUGGAGCAGGCUGAUCGACCAAAUGGAAGGUUUUAG